AUGGCUAGAAGAAACGGUGGCAGGGCUGUUCGUGGUUCUGGAGUUGAAGAUAGUCCAUAUGGUAAGACUGAAAUUGAUGAUUUUGCUGACAAGAGAGAGAAGGUUCUUCUUGAACAGUCUAGUUUAGGUGGUAGAGGUGGUGAUGCAUACGAUGAUGAGGAUGGUUUGAAUGUUGAUGAUGAAGAGGAGGAAGUUAUGGGGAUUUCAGAUGAUGAAUCCGGUAGCGAUGAAGAAGAAGAAGAAUUAGAUGGGGCAGCUGCUUAUAGGAAAGUAUUUGGUAGAAAACUUGAUACAGGGGUUGAAGAUGGUGGUGAUGAAGAAGAAGCAGGCGGUAUGUUGGAAAAUGACACUGCCUGGGGGUCUACCAAGGGUGAAUACUAUGGUGCUGAUGAGAUCGAAGACGAUGAGGCAGCUAAGGAAAUUGAGAAAGAAGCUCUUCGUCAACAGAAGAAACAUUUACAAGAUUUGAAUAUGGAAGAUUAUUUAGAUGAUGAGGUUGAAGAAGAGUGGGCCAAGAGUGCUAAAGAGUUUGAUAUGGGUGAAUUCAGAGAUACUACAAAACAGUCUGAUCAAAACGUCACUAUUAGCGAUAUCAAAAAUAUGAGUGAUGAAGCAAAGAUAAAUUACUUGAAGACUAUGUUUCCUGAAUUCUUGCCUUUAUCCAAGGAAUUAUCACAACUCUCUCCGGUUCUUGAAAUGUUGAAAUCUCAAGAUGAUACUGAAUUCGUAAAGAUUAAGGUCAUGGCUUUAUCAAGUUAUUUGGCUACAAUUUCGUCCUAUUUCAGUAUUUUAUUACUUGAAUUGAACAACAAUGAUGAAUCUGUUACAAUGAAGGAUCACCCAGUGAUGGAAUCAAUUUUGACCUCUAAAGAAGUCUGGAGACAAGCUUCAGAACUACCAUCUGAUUUCGAUGCUGAAGAUGACCAAGAUUCUGAUGUAAAUACUGAAGCUGCCGGUGCAGAAGAUGUUGAUGUAGGUUCAGAUGAGGAACAAAAAUUGAAUGAUCAAGAUGAUUCUGACGAAGGUUCUGACGAAGAAGAAGAGGAGGAGGAUGAGGAAGAAGAAGAUGUAGAUUUGGACGACUUUGAAGAAUACGUUGCUCAAUCCCGUAUCUCCAAGAACAAAGCAAAUAAAUCCAAGAACGAUGAAGAUAUUGACGAUUUUAUUGAAACUGAAAUGACAGAAGUCGAUGCACAUGAGAAGAAGCAAAGAAAGAAAACCUUACGUUUCUAUACAUCUAAAAUUGAUCAACAGGCAGGAAAGAAAGCUGACAAAUUCAAAGGUGAUGAUGAUAUUCCAUACAAAGAAAGACUAUUUGAAAGGCAACAAAGGCUGCUUGAAGAAGCUCGUAGGCGUGGUAUGCACGAUAAGCAUGGUGCUGAUUUAGAUAAUAAUGAUGCCGACUCUGAUGACGAACGUGUAUCUAAGUCAAUCAAUAAGUCAUCUGAGGAAGAUUACUAUGCUCAAGUACAAAAGAAUAAAGCUGAUAAAAAAUCACACCGUGCUCAAACACAUAAAGAUGCAGUGAAGGCAGCAAGAGAAGGUAAAUUGGCUGAAUUGGCUGAAGAAUUGGGUGAUGGUGGUAAGCGUGCUAUCAACUACCAAAUCUUGAAGAACAAGGGUCUAACGCCAAAGAGAAAGAAGGAUAACAGAAACUCACGUGUAAAGAAGAGAAAGAAGUACGAGAAGGCUCAAAAGAAGUUGAAGUCUGUACGUGCAGUAUAUUCUGGUGGCCAAUCUGGUGCUUACGAAGGUGAAAAGACAGGUAUUAAGAAGAAUUUGACAAGAUCUGUUAAAUUCAGAAACUGA